GUCCCGCUCUGCUCCUGCGGGGGCCGCUGUCUGGCUGCCGCCUGCGACGGGCGGGGCUGGGGGGAAAGGUGCUGAGCGAGCGGCUCGCCGGCCGGCCGGCAGCCGGAGCACUGCAGAGCUGCACCGCGGAGGCGGGGGGACGGGGACGGCGCCUUCUCCCUUGGCAGCGCCGCCGCCGCCGCCUCCUCCCUGCCGCUCCUGCGCUCCCGCUGCCCCUCGUCUCCGCCGCGGCGCCCAUGGAGCAGGGACCUGGCGGGGCAGCCGCGGGGGGAGCGGGGCUGCUUCUGCCCCUCAGCGACACGGAGCAGCAGCGCUACGCCGAGCUCUUCUCGCUCUGCUGCUCGCCCGCGCCCGAGGGGGGCUCGGCGCCGGCCCCAGCCGCCGGGGGGAGCAAAGUGGGCGACUUGUUCAGGGCGUCGCAGCUCCCUGCGGACACGCUGCACCAGGUCACAGAACUUUGUGGGGCAAAACGUGUGGGUUAUUUUGGUCCGGCUCAGUUUUAUGUUGCUUUGAAACUAAUUGCUGCAGCGCAGUCUGGCCUUCCAGUACGGAUAGAGAGCAUUAAGAGUGAAUUGCCUCUUCCUCGGUUUAUGGCACUGAAAAAUGACAUUGAAAUGAGAUAUGGAAAUGCAGCAGAAAUACAUGGAGUUAAAUUUCAGAUUCCACAUGCAACCUUGGAAAAAAAUUCCUUCAAAAGAUCAGAUGAAGGGGAUAAAAAGCAGGAAACCAAGUCUCCCCCCAUGUCACCGAUGUGUUCACCUCCUGCUUCUCCAUCUAAUUACCAGAGAAUACCCUUGAGUUAUGGCUAUGGCAGGUCAAGGAGUGGGCUUGAACAGCCACAUGGAGUUCCUUAUGAAGCUAGACAUUCUACACAACAACAAGAUGGACCAGCAACGGGAAAUUAUGCAUCCAAAUCUGCACGUGUACAUUCCUCUCUUAGUCGGUCUCUUUCAGUAGAGAGGGAGCCACAGGACAGCAGUAAUUACCCAGAUGACCCCUGGAGGAUAACUGAGGAACAGCGAGAAUAUUACAUCAACCAGUUCAAAUCCCUACAGUCUGAUCUGAACUCUUUCAUUUCAGGUUCCGUGGCUAAGAAUUUCUUCACAAAAUCCAAGCUUCCCAUCCCAGAGCUUUCUCACAUAUGGGAGCUGAGCGAUGUAGACUGUGAUGGAGCGCUGACGCUGCCAGAAUUCUGUGCUGCAUUUCACCUCAUUGUUGCUAGGAAGAAUGGUUAUCCAUUGCCAGAUACGCUGCCGGAGACCUUACUGCCAGAUUACCUUCACCCAGCUUCCCUUAAGCCUAAACGUGACUGCGCAUUAUUGGAUUCUUAUUCUGACUCAUUGCCAGUUAGUCAACAGACCAGGGACUUUAAUCGAACUGAGACAUCGGUUGAGGAGAUGCCUGAUAAAUCUGCCCUGACACAAGAUGCAGAUAGUGGUGACAAUCAAGCUCUGAACAUAAGCACUACUGCCAAAACAAUACCAAAGGAUUUUAAACCAUCUCAACACUUGUCUGUCAAAACAGUUGUUCAGGAAUCGAACACACUCAAGGCAAGACCAAGAUCCAGGUCCUAUUCUAGCACAUCUAUUGAAGAUACAAUGAAAAAGGGGGAAGAGCCCCCUACGCCCCCACCAAGGCCCCAGAAAUCACAUUCCAGAGCCUCCUCCUUGGACCUUAAUAAAAUCUUCCAGCAAAACACACAAGCUGUGAAGUCAGGUUGGUUACCACCACCACCUGCCCUGCCCCCUAGGCCUUUUGUAUCCCAGCAGGGUCCUCACCAUGUCACAAAUACCGAGCCUGUUGCACAGGCCAAAUCCAGCUAUGCAGAGUUCAGACUAAAAGAACAGACAGAACAAGUAUCUGAGAUUGAAUUACAUCCUCAGAUGAAUAGAGCCCCAUCACAGACAGAAGAAAGCAGCCCAACGAGAAAGGAGAUUCUGCUUACUCAGCCACCAUCCAAACCAAUCCGUAGGAAAUUCCGCUCCGAAAAUCAGAUGUUGGAAAACCAGGAGCUUACUCCCACUAGCAGUGUGACCUCUUCUUUGCCUGCAGCCAAACCCCAUCUUCCUGCCCAAAACAGACAGUCUUCCAAGCAGAAGAGGGCUAUUCAGACUGCUAUUCGUAAAAACAAAGAAGCCAAUGCGGUGCUAGCCAGGUUGAAUAGCGAACUCCAGCAGCAACUGAAGGAAGUUCACAAAGAGCGAAUUGCAUUGGAGACUCAGUUGGAACAGCUUCGUCCUGUAACUGUCUUGUGACCUUCAGUACAUUAUUCAGUGGCAAUAAAUGGACAUUUGUGCCAAGACUUUUUGACUCGGUUAGCACAACAAUGUAAAAUCUAUGUAAAGUUUUCACUGAGGCAAUGGCACUGGGAAAGUGGAAUGUGAGUUGGGGUGGUUGUUUUUUUGCACACCACUGUCCACAUUUUCUCUUGCGGAUGAAGAGGGUAGAUGAGAUAAAUGUCAAACCAUAGGUUACGUCUAAGAAAUGAAAGUUGUUUCCUACUUGUCCUUCAGGAUAUUACAAAAUGCAGUUAACCACCAAAAUCAGCCAUAUAACUCUGAAAUUAUUAGUGGUUUAUUUAUUUAAAGAAUUCCUGAUAUAUGUACUUUCUUGAAAGCCAAUUAUUAAAAGUUACAUGCAUUCAAAAUUCUUCUUUAUAUUUAAAGUUUCUAUUCUAAGGUGGUUUCUUCUACGUUUCUGAUUUCACAUAGGUUUAUACUGGGGGUAGUGUCUGUGGUUUUAAAACACAAAAGAGAAUAAAAAUAAUUGUACAGAUAGUCUAUAUUCACAAUCACGUCACUUCAUUGUCUUUUUAGUGCCAUUUAUGAUUAUUGGUCAUUUAUGUCUUAUAAAUAUUGCAGGGUUUGUGUUUUAUAAGUUAAAUCAUGUGAAAAUGGAGUUCUGAGAACUAAAAAGUGUUGAAACGUGCUGAUUUUUAGAAACUUUUUUUUAAAGCUAUACCCCACAGGGAAAGUUAGAAAUGGGCAUGUUUCUCUGUAUGUACUUAAUGUGUGCUUGUUAAAACAACAGCAUUGUAAUUUUACCAAUGGAAGUUAAAAUGAAGCAUAUAUUGUGCUUGUCUUUGGAGACAUGGGUUUUAUUUCAUGUUUGUGUGCAUUGGUCAGCAUUCCUGUUAAACUAGCUAUUGCGUUUUUUAAAGGACCUGAACUCGAUGUUUGAUUCCAAAUGAAAUAAAUGUAUGUAUAUGCUCUAGGUAGGAUUUUUAAUGACUAUGGUGUGAAGAAAUGAAUCCUGCAUGGGGUUGUCCGUUGAGUGGCCUUAAUAUCGCACAGGAGAUGCUCCUUACAGAAUGAGGCUCCCAGGACCUUUCCCUUCUCUAAAGGGAGAGUCAAAGGCUAUAGUACUCUAUCUGGGUCUGAUCUAGGGCCAGUUGAAGUCAAUGGGCAUUGGAUUAAGUCUUCUUUGUAAUGAACCUUUUAGUUUUUGGGCCAAUCCUCAUAUAACAGGUAGUUUUAGAAGUAAUGAAAUCAGCCUGUCCCCUUUGACAUAUGCCGCAUUGAUGAAAACAUAGCAUGCAUGCUGUCCUCUUUCUUUCCUUCCCCCCUCGCAGCCCCACAUGAGAUGCAUUGUAUAGUCCAUUGUUCAGUGAUGUAAACUAAGCGUCUGCAUUAAGUUUGCAAAAGCUCUGCAUACAUUUUCUUCUAUUAUUUUUGAUGUUUUAUCCAUCUUGUUUUGGAAUGCUCCCCAAGGGUGGAUUAGAAAUAACUAGCCAGUCUCCUGUCAGGAUACAGUGCAAAAUGGAUAAAUGUGAAAAAGCUGCAGCGGAAUAGCAGAGUAGCCAGAAGUUUUAUUGAGAUGUAAAACAAGAAUGACAUAUAUGUAAAUGUUUAAAGUUGACAUGGUGACUGCACAGACUCCCUUGGCUGAAGUUUAUAUGGAUUCAGAGUUUAUAAAACAUUACUCCAGUGUUGGGAGGGCAGUCCUCACAUUUGUAAAACUGUAUUAACUGAAAGUUUGUUUGGUAAUACGUCACUCCUUAGCUAGCUAACCACUGUUUGUGUCUAUGACAACGAACUGAAUUUUUGGUUUUCUGACUUCUUUCUGUGUUAAUGCUCUGCAGUUGGAAUCAGAGAAAUGACCAUGGCUUGUGACUAAAUGAAGUUAGAAUCACAGCUUCUCCUAGUGAGCUGCAGAAGAAAUCUGCCAUCAUCUUCCCUAUUAGUGACAAUGUUCAGAACUUACACCAGUCGUUCUUAGAGAGAUAAGGCGGAUGAGGUAAUAUCCUUUAUUGGACCUACUUCUGUUGGUGAGAGGACAAGUUUUGUAGCUCAAAAGUUUGUCUCUGUCACCAGCGGAAGUUGUUCCAAUAAAAGACAUUACCUCAUCCACCUUGUCUCUCUAAUAUCCUGGGACCAACACUGCAUACACGAGUCAUUCUUUUCAUUUAUAAAAUUGAAUUGUUAGAUUUGAGUGAGUUUAAUUUUUUUUAAUUCUUGUUUUGUCGUUUUAUUAAGUAACAAAAUGACAAUUUUAAAGGACAGAGUUGGGUGGCACUUUCCAUAUUUGUGAUCCAGAAUGUUUGGAAGAAGCUUUUCAAUUCUUAAGAAAUGUACAAAUGUUUUAUUAAGCUCUUUGGGUGAGUAAGGGUGGAGGAAAGUAGUCCAUAGGGCUUUUUCAAAGAUCUGUCAUGCAAAGUACUAUUAUAAUUAUUUCUUAUACUAUGAAUCAGGAUACCUGGAUGACCAUCAAUGGAACAUGUUACUUGGGCUUGGUCUACACUAGCAACUUAUGUUGAUAUAAUUAUGUCGCUCAGGGGUAUGGAAAGUCCACUACCCUGAGCAAGGCAGUUAUUCUGACCUAACUCCUGGUGUAGACAACCUUAUGUUGAUGGGAGGGCUUCUCCUGUCAGCAUAGCUGCCACCUUCUGGGGAGGUGGCGUACCUACGCUGAUGGGAGAAGGCCUCCUGUCAGGAUAGGUAGUGUCUUCACUGAAGUGCUACAGCAGCACAGCUGCAUCGGUGUAGCUGUGCCUCUGCAGCCUUUUAAGUGUAGACAGGCCCUUAGUCAUCCUGAAUCAUAGGGGUUAAGACAUAAAAGGGUUUAUACCAUUUCUGAUGCUGAGCUUUUAGAGGUGCAUUCCAAUGUUCUACUGAGCUCAAGGGGCCAUCCUAAUUCAGACAUUUUAUGUGUAGUUUAUUAUAUUAUUGAUGAUGGUAUACCACUUUACACAGUGUGGAAAGCAAAAUAGCAAGGGAAGAGUUAAGACAUGUUUUAUCUCUGAAGCACAAAGUCAGGAAGUAAGUUACCUGGAGUAUCUUCCUAGUACUUCAACAGUUCUCAUAGCCUACAGAAGAUGUAAAAUCUGCUCCUGCUGUUAUUUGGUUAAAAAAAAAAUUGUAAUGGGAGUUACAGGUGCUCAGCCCCUUUGAAAAUCAGGCCAUUUAUUUAGGUGCAUAUGGCUAACAUUUUCAGAAGUGCCUGAGUGCCAUUUUCAAAAGUAACCUAGGCCUUUAGAAGCAUAAGUCCCAUUAACUUUCAAUGAGACAUAAGGAAAAAAUGUCAAAAGUGCUUAAGUGACUUAGGACUUUCAAUGAGACAUAGGCUCCCGAGCUCCUAAAUCACUUUUGAAAAUGUGAUUUUGGCUCCUAUGUCACAUAGGCAAUUUCAAAAUUGUAGACUUAGGCUAAACUUUUCAAACAUGGGUGCCUAAAAUUAAGCAUUUGUAAUGGCCUGAUUUUCAGAAGUGCUGAACAUCCAUAAAUCCCAUUGAAGUCAAUGGGAACGAAGUGCUAAGAACUGUUUGAAAAUCAGGCCAUUUUAUUUCCAUUCUAAAUGUAUAUAAUGGCUCAACAUCAGACACUAUGAACAAGUUGUGGGGACCUGUUUAAAGAUAGAACAGUCAAACUAGACAAUCACGGAACAUUGUUUAAAGAUAUUAAAUAUUAAAGAUUACUGUUCUGGUUAUUAAACUAGUAUUAGGACACCAUGGACAUUUAUAUAAUAUCUUUUAUUAUGGCUCCCAUAUUGCUGGAUUAAAAAAUAUCAAUCAUUAGCAAGUUCAGCCCUAUUAGGUUCAGAAAUGUCAGUUUUAACUUGAAACGUUAUUUCCAAGUACAGUUUUAUAGGAUGGGAGAUGGUCACUUCAGCGAGAGGAACUUUUUCAGCUUUCUUCUAAAUAUUUCAAGCUUCAUAUUGUACUCAGGGUCUCAGAGCAUAUCUUGUCAUUUCACAUACUGCGCUUGCACAUGCAAGCAGGUUAGACAAUUUUAUUUAGGUGGUGGCCUGGCCUGGUCUGGCCUAAAAUUAGAAAUAAUCUUGAGAAAGCAAUGAGGGAGGUUAGCGACUGAGUUUUCCAUAUCUCAAACCUUACUUCAUACCUACCCAGACUUGGAGGACAACUAUUUGCAUUACUGAACUACCAUGUGGGGUGGUUGUGAUUUGGAACUCUUCACAAGAAGCUUUAGGAUAAGCUUAAUAUGGCAAUUAUCUCUCCCUGUUUUAGAAGCUGCUUCUGCCAAGUUUAAAUCCCAUUUCAUGACAAAGAGAGUUUGUGAAAGCUUCCAGUCUGAAAGGGAGGAGCUUCACUUCUCCAGCACUGCCAGUCCUUUAGCCUUCAGCACAUAAACACCUUAACUGACAAGAAGUAGUUGUUGUUCUAAAAGUCAGGAUGGGAAAGAGGGAUAAUAAACCCACAUAUUUUAGCAACUAGAGUGAAAAAUUAUUUUUUCAAGACAUGACUAUCCCAAAUGAGAAGAAAUAUAUAUUUUGAAGCUUUUCUUUAUUCAAUUAUCUUCAUGAAACUAUGUAUUACAUCUUUGUCUGCUAUUGAUCAUUUGAUAUAAAAUUGGUAUUGGUAACCUUAUUGUUAAUCUAAAAUUUAAAAAAAAAGUUCCCCUCAGGUUACUAUAUAUUUGUAUAUUUACUUAUACAGUGUAGUUGAUAACCAUAUUCCAGAAGACUUGUUUUCACAGCUACAGAAAUGUUAGUGUGGUAGAUUGCAAGAUAUAUAACAUUCUACACUAUGCACAUCCAAUUUUGGAAAAUGUAUAUGGUAUGAAACUGGGUGCUAUGUUAAAAUAAAAAGCUACAAUAGUUUCA